AUGUCGACGGACAAGGAGAGGGAGUCCCAGGUGUACGUAGCGAAGCUCGCCGAGAAGGCCGAGCGAUACGACGGUGAGACGUCGACCCCUGUGCCUCCACCAUCUCUGUCUUCCAUUUCCUUCUUCUUGUUCUUUAUCUGUUCAUUUGUUUUUUAAAGAAGUAAAAUUGAUCGAAAAGCCGUGUCAUUCUUCGUUUUGGCCAGUUCUCUAAAUUAUGAUUCAUGAUCUCUCAGAGGAGGACUUCUAAAUCUUUCCAUUCAUUAGAUCGGGAUAGAUCAUGUCCCCAGGAGAACUAAAUCUCUCUCUCUCUCGUAUGCGUGUAGAUCGAAUGACGAAAGUAUAAAACCACAGAUAAAUAAUUUUUUGGGUUAAUGAAGUCGUAAGAUCGCUUACAAAAAAGGCAUGCAUACGAAUGAAAUAUAAUCUUCAUAGAUUUCGUAGUAUUUUAUGAAUAAAUAACGCGACAUCUGAUUGGUUACGUUCGUUCUUGGCAUUUUCCGACAUCGUUUAUUCAGAUCAUAAAACUAUGUCAAAGAUGGGAUGCAUCCCCAUGUUCGACUCUAUCGCCGUUGAUUUUUUACCAUUUUUGAUUCCAUCCUCAUCAUGUUAGAAUUGAUGGGUUUUUUUUCUUGCUAUUGAAGCUUCUUUCUCUUCCUCAGUUUUUAGACUUUUCGUUGAUUUAUAAAUUAUCGUUUUUUGAAUCACCCAUUGACUAUGAUCUCAUAACACCAUCAAAUCUUAUUGUUUCAAUCUUUUAAUAAUUUCUCUUCAGUAGAGAAUUUGUAAAAAUUCUUGUUUUGUGAUCUAGAAAUGGUGGAAACCAUGAAGAACAUUGCCAAGCUCAAUCAGGAGUUGACAGUUGAGGAAAGAAAUCUCCUGUCAGUGGGCUAUAAGAAUGCCAUCGGAGCUCGUCGAGCAUCGUGGCGGAUCAUGUCAUUUAUAGAGCUAAAACAGCAAUCAAGGGCAAAGGAGGCUACUAUGAAAUUAAUCAGAUAUUAUCGUCAGAUAGUGGAGGAGGAGCUGUCAAAAAUUUGCAACGAAAUCCUGGCACUCCUCGAUGAAUAUCUGAUUCCGUCAUCUGGUUCUGAGGAAUCCAUCAUCUUCUAUCACAAGAUGUGAGUGAUUACAUGAUGACAAGAUGCUGAUUAUUUCCUUUAGCAAUGUUUGGGUUUAUUGUGCAUAAUUUGAUCUUCAUUCACAAUAUGUGAGUGAUUAUACACUUGUUCAUCUAUUCAUCUCUUUGCUAUCAUUUUCUCUUCUGCUAUCUGAUUUCAUCCAGAAGGUAGGGUUCUUGAACUCCUACUCAACUACUUGAACUUUUGAUAAGUUCUUCUGCCUCUUUUUCACCUUGCCUUCUUGCUUCCCCAUUCCCUGUCUUUGUAUCUGUCUCUAUCUCUCAAUGGCAUCCGAAAACAAAUCGGAUAUGUAAAAUACAAGAUUUCCAAUCCUAGCAGGAAAAGGAGGGAAACGGAUACUCAAUUUAAAGUGAGUAAACAGAAUUCCAUACUCGAUCUCAUGGAUACAUAUAGAAUUCUGUGGAAAGCCGUAUUCGAUGAAAGUCGUAUGUACGGCUUGGAGGGAGAUCUUUCAUAUCUUUCGAGAUCCACCCUACAAUAUGGGGUCAAAAAGCCAAAAAUGUUAAACCGUGAUUAACUAAGUCACUCGGUAAUAAGAGUUAAGGUUUUUAAUGAGCUUAUAGAUCACAGUGAGAAAGAUAAUCUGCUACAAAUCAGGAAAGUUCAUACUCUUGUUCUUUGAUUUCAAUAAUAAAUAGUUCGUAGCUCUGCAUAAUCGUACCUAAUGAUCCAUGAAAUAGUUGUAAUUGGUGGCUCUGGGUGCUCAAAAUUUGAAUAUUUUGUUGUAUUCAAUGAAGGAAAGGCGACUACAACCGCUAUCUGGCAGAGUUCAAGACCGACCAAGAGAGAGAAGAUGCUGCCGACCAAGCUUUGAAGAACUACCAGGUGCAUUCAUCUUGGAAGUCUAAUAUUAUUAUAUGGUAAUUUUGGGUUUUUGUUGUUGUUACGCAUCCUGUUUUAUAUUAUUCUUUUUAAUGCUGAUUUUAUUUUAUAUUUUUUUAGAGUUUCUGUUUCUCUCAUGCCCAGCCAUGCUCAGCUAGAAAUCUUACUGUUUUGGAUGCUCAUUUUGGUUUUGUUUUUGGUUUAUGAGUUAUGUUUCUCUCUUUUCUAUGCAUGUUCAGCUGGAGAUCUGAUAUCCCUUUUUAUGCCAAUUAUUAUUAAUUUUUUUACUCAUGGUUUCUGUUUCUCUCUCCUCCAAGCAUCUUCAGCUAGAGAUCUAAUAUCCCUUUUUGGCCAAUUAAUUUUUUUUAUUGUUUUUACUCAGGUUUCUGUUUCUCUCUCUCCAGGCAUCUUCAGCUAGAGAUCUAAUAUCCCUUUUUAUGCCAAUUUUUUUUAUUGUUUUUACUCAUUGUUUCUGUUUCUCUCUCCUCCAAGCGUGUUCAGCUAGAGAUCUAAUAUCCCUUUUUAUGCCAAUUAUUUUUUUUAUUGUUUUUACUCAUUGUUUCUGUUUCUCUCUCCUCCAAGCAUUUCAGCUAGAGAUCUAAUAUCCCUUUUUAUGCCAAUUUUAGGUUUCUUUUCUUAUGGUUUCUAAUUUCUUUCUCUUCCAGACCGCCAUGGAUGCAGCAAAGGUCGAUCUCGCGCCCACCAAUCCGGUCCGUCUGGGCCUCGGUCUCAACUUCUCUGUGUUCUUCUAUGAAAUCAUGAACUUGCCUGAAAGGUAUCCGUGGGCCCCACCGCACUCUUCGAUGACUCUCAGUCAACCUUGUUGACACAUUGGGUCAAAUCUUCAGGGCAUGCCAGCUGGCAAAGCAGGUCUUCGAAGAGUCGCUCCCUGAGCUGGACAACCUGAACGGGGAGUACUACAGGGACAGCACCAUGAUAAUGCAGCUUCUGAGGGACAAUCUGACUCUGUGGAAAGACUUUCCUGAAGAAGGUGGCCCCUAUCUACUCAUUGAGAAUUAA